CAAACAGACAGAAAAGAAAAAGAAGACAAGAAACUGAAUUACGACAAGAACAAGAAACCAAGAGGAGGAAGCAGAGAGAGGGGGAGAUCCAGGAAGAGGGCGAGGGGGAUAACAUGGAGGCGGCGAUGGAUCUGAUGCGGCGGAUGCCGCCGGGGAGCACCGAGACGGCGCUCAACGCGCUGCUCUCCCUCCUCCCUGACCACUCCGUCGACCUCCUCUCCCAGGUCGACCUCCCGCUCCAGGUUUGCCUGGAUAAGGAGAAUAACAAGGAAUACAUUCUUUGCGAGUACAACCGUGAUGCUGAUUCGUACCGAUCACCUUGGUCAAACAUAUAUGAGCCUCCUUUAGAAGAUGGGACAGUUCCCUCAGAAGAGAUGAGGAAUCUUGAAGUUGAGGCAAAUGAGGUUUUCUCUGUCUACCGUGAUCAGUACUAUGAAGGUGGAAUCUCCUCUGUGUACAUUUGGGAGGAUGAAGACGAGAGUUUCAUCGCAUGUUUCUUGAUAAAGAAAGAUGGACAAGGAAAAAGAGGUCAUAUGCAGAUAGGUUCAUGGGACGCUAUUCAUGUUAUCCAGGUUGCACCUGAACAGGAAGGAAUAGCUCAUUACUGCUUGAACAGCACUGUCAUGUUAUCAUUGACAACAGAUAACAAGAAAUCUGGAACUUUCAACUUGUCUGGUUCAAUUCGGCGGCAGAUGAGCAUGACUCUUGCUGUGGCAGAGGGGCAUCUGGUUAAUAUGGGGAAAAUGAUAGAAGAAAUGGAGGGCAAGCUGAGAAAUUCGCUGGACCAGGUAUUAGCAUCACGUAAAUUUCUUGAAAGAUCUCGGACAUCUGCUUCAACUUGUAAAUGCAUUUAUCCUCGAACGACACAUGGCUGUGAUUACAGGUCUACUUUGGGAAGACCAGGGAAAUGGUUUGCACACUUCGGCCACCACCAGAAGUACUUAACAUGAGAAUACCUGACAGCUGAGCAGAUACAUAGAGAUGCCAGUUUAACAGAGGAAUAUGCCGCGGUGUGACGAUUGUCUCCAUAGUGCCAUAGCCUGUUUCUCUUUCGCUUUUCACAUGUGUAUUUACCAUAGCAGAGUAUUGUUGUCCUUUGAUCCGGGAGGAACUGGGGAAGUUUGGUGGCAGUUGUUGACAAGAGGUUAGGCAGAGAUGUCAGCACCAAGCAUAACUGUAGGAAGUACCUGUCAGCUUUGUUAUGUGCUGAGAGUACUCUUAUAUGUGUAAGAGCUUACACUUUGUUGAAGCAUAUUGCCUAAAGUUAAGCUGUAUUUUGGUAGUUCAAGUUCA